GGGGGGGUGGAUGGGUUCAUCGGGUUCAUGUAGUAUUGGACACCUCCUCCCAUUUCAGGUUGGCUGCUUCCCUGGUUCCCUCGGUAAAAGGGGUAGCUGUGAGGCAAGUAGGUGAUGGAAAAUGGCAUGGAAGUUUGCAGUGGAAACGGCUAAAUAGUCGAGCUUGACCUUUUUUCGGGACACAGAAACUCGAUCAGCUGGUGACUCCAAACUAGCUGCCAUUUUCAGGUCAUUCGAGGCAUCUCGCUCUAACUUGUUUGUAGCCAGCUGAAUGAAUAAGCCUGCUUUAUUCGUCUAUUAGUCGCCCACUGGGAUGGGGGAAUCGCUUUGUCCUGUGCUGUCUAGUGGUGGAAUAUAAAUCAUGAUGGCUGAUGGAUGUUGCAGAGGGAUGGAAAGAGGCAGGGGUAAGAUUGCAUCAGAUUCUUUACCAAGACCCACAUAUCCUCAGCAAUAUGUCCAGACCGGUUCACAGCAGCAGGGCAAUGACAUCCAGGAGUUAGCCUCAAAACGCGUCGACAUCCAGAAGAAACGCUUCUAUCUGGAUGUCAAGCAGAGUGUUCGCGGACGCUUCCUCAAAAUAGCAGAGGUAUGGAUCGGAAGAGGCCGUCAUGAUAACAUCAGGAAGAGCAAGCUGACGCUGUCUAUGUCGAUGGCCCCCGCUCUCCGCUACUGCCUGGGAGACUUCAUAGAUUAUUAUGCCCGUAUCGGACUGCGGGGGGGCCUCGCGCCUCCGCAGCUCGAGGAGCACAGCAACAACGGCCAGGGCCGCGCGCACGACUCCCGCAGGAGAACGCAGGAGCAGCACGCGGCGCUGUCUCCAACCGGCUCGGCGGUGUCCGACGACCAUGCCCACCGCGUCCUCAAGAGCGAAUUCAUCGAGAGAGACAACAGAAAGUAUUUCCUGGACCUGAAAGAGAAUCAGAGAGGUCGCUUCCUCCGCAUACGACAGACUGUCAGCAAAGGACACGGCACAAUGGGCUACUACGGCCAGGGCAUCGAGCAGACCAUCGUGCUGCCAGCGCAGGGGCUCAUCGAGUUCAGAGACGCACUGUCACAGCUGAUUGAAGACUACGGCGACGAGGAGAGCGACGACCGCGGCCGAACGGGAUCCAGGAAUCACGACAACAAUCCCGAGCUUCCAGAGGCUGCGUCUUUUCGGGUGGACAACAAGAGGUUUUACUUUGACGUCGGGUCUAACCGGUAUGGUGUCUUUUUAAAAAUAAGUGAGGUUCGGCAGCCGUAUAGAAACACCAUCACAGUUCCCCUAAAAGCCUGGGCUAGAUUUGGAGAAAAUUUCAUCAGGUACGAAGAAGAGAUGAGACGAAUUUUCUCCUGUCACAAAGAGAAGAGGAUAGACACACGGCAGGACAGCGAGGAGCAGGAGGACUGACAUUGGCAGUAGGCUGUGUCUGUGCAUUUGCAUGUAUUCUAGGGACUCAGUUAAUGAAAUAUCCAGACAUGACAGUAACCUUAAACAACCCUCUAUGCUACUGUAUGUGUCCCUACGAUAGCCUACUACAGGAUGCAGUGUCCCACCUUAACUUUUUGGCUCAUCUACCAAGGGCUGGUGAAGUACAAAUUGUAACCUGCCAAGAAGUCAUUCAUUCAUAGCCCAAUGCCUAUGUCUGUUUCAGUGAAAUAUGUCAACUAUUCAUUUUCCAGUCUCUUCAUUUCUCAGUGCUAUUUAAUGCACUUUAGUUACUUAGCCAGAGGCAGCCCAAGACUAUUUGGGACCCUGAGCAGAACUGUAUAUUUCCCCUACCCCUCCCCUUUAAAAUGAAGGAGUGUGCUGUAAAUUACAGCACUGUUUAGUUAUAAGGGACUUUUCUUUACUUAUCAGAGAAAGGGGUUGGCUGGGGCAUGACUUCAGGUUUUUUUUUUUUUUUCACCCUUUCCUAAAGCUACAAAGAUUUUUCCUUGAGGCUCUGUAAGUGACUUGGGGAAAAUGCAUGACCCCUCCUCCACCAUAAAUUCAUUACUAGAUAUUUAAAACUUACCAUUUGAUGUUUGAAAGUUAAAAGUUAAAAUCCUGGAAUUGGGGGAAAAAAAACUCAGUUUUUUUCACUUUUGUUGUUUAUGCUAGGUAGUUCAUGCAGUCAGUUUAUUUUUGGCCAAAUUUUAAAUGAUAUAGAAUAAAGUCAUUUUGAUGAAAUAUCUCUAUAUUAAGUUCAGAUUUGGUAAUAUGUCACACAUGAUGUAAAUCAUGAAAAUUUGAAAAUUUAAGGAUAAUUUCUGUUUUUACAGUUUCUGGCUAUGAUACAUGGUGUAAUUUUGGCAAUUUUUAAAAAAAGAAAACAUGCACUUUUUUUUUUAAAAGGUCUGCAGUAAAAGAAAUACAAAACAAAUUUACAUACAAAUUUGUAUGCCCCUCCCCUAAGCCACAAUAAUAAACAUAAAUCCCUUUCCAGUGCUUAAAAAAUAUUUAACAUGCCUCCCACUUUUUGCACCACCCCUCCCACUUCAUAAGUAAUGAACAGUCCCUAAGUGUUGAUAGAAUGUGGUACCUGCUAUACCACUUUAAUAUUUAGCCCCAAAGCAUAUUGAUAAUCAGUUUUAUGGCGUGCAAGUGGGCAGAAAAACUGUCUACCACAACUGAUCACUGAGAGACAAAAAAUGUAACUUAUAUAAAAUGAAUUAACUUAAAAUGUGUUCAUUAUAUAUUGUGCAAAAACAUAGAACAUUUUAGUAAUUACGUUUACAUUUAAAUUGCAACUAUAUUAAAAAAACAAACAAACAGAGGACCUCACAUGUGGAAGUUGGAUGUUUGGGGGGCCCCCCUGCUGGCCAUUAAGCCCCAAGCAGGAACUUGCUGUUUGUGCAACACACAGUGGCUGUAUCGACUGGUGCAGGCUUACAUAGAAAAUAAUAGACACUGGUGUGUGUUGCCCUUCAGUGGACUCCAGCUACCGCUGUUUCCUAUACUGGGAGUUUAACAUUAGAUAGUUGCCACAUUUUGAAUAAUACUGCAGGACGUGCGCACACACAGACACAGACGCGCACACACACACACACACACACACACACAUGCAGUAGAUGUCAGCAUGUAGAGAUUAGGCUUUCACCUCAACAAUAACUCUGUGGCAAAAUGAAUGCAGGGUUCCACAUUCAUUUCAAUGACCCAACUUUUCCUGCAGUGCAGUGCAAAUUGAGUGUGUGCAAGUGACCAAACCAGGUGGAACACCUUGCAGUGUGUAAGAUGUAGCAAUGUGCCAAUUUGCUGCUUACCUCGAUGGCAUCGAGACAAGGGGAGAAAUGAAAGUGGCAUAGAGUCCAGCCUCAGAGGAGAACCAGGACAGACAGUGCUGUGUAUGGUGGGCUGGUUUUUGAUAAACCUUCACACUGUGACAACACAAUAACACAGCCCCUUGCGCUGUUCUGCUGUAGAGCUAUUGUGAGUGAGAAAGCACCAAACAGUUUACGAUGCUUAACAAAGCUUGCAAAGGAGACAAAAAUGAAUCAAAAGAUUUAUGAGUUAGUGCAAUACAUCUCCUUUCUGAAACUAUCCAACACUGGCACUUAGUCCACAAACAUGUUACAGUGUUUGUCAUAUUUGUGUUUCCCUGAGCUGAGUCACAUUCAGAUACUAAUUUUUGAUCUUUUACUUGCUUUGAACAAACACUUGAAAAAUAAUUGACUUGUGACAUGUGCUGCCAGAAUAGUUCACUGUCUGAAUAUAUAUUUGAAAUAUGUCUCUUCUCACCAACCAAAAACAACCCGGUCUUGUUCCGAAGUCGUCAGAUACUGCCGCUUGGUCAUUGAUUUCUGCAUCACGCACAAAUGAAAAACAGACAUCCUUUCGUGGCAAUAUGAUAUGCUGUUGGGAGGCAUCAGUUGAUAACGCCAUCGGAUGGCGUUAGUUUGAAACGCCACCGGACUACAACAUAAUUUAAGGACCUGGAAGGUCCCUUAAAGGGCAGAUAGGACGGGUGUUAGAUGGGUCAAACAGCACCGGACUUUCAUCCAGAAGGCCGGUGUUUGCUUCCCCUAUGAAUGUUGAGCCAAACCAUGACGUUUUUAUUAAACCUAACCACAUGCAUUUGUUGCACAAUGAAAUAAACGUAAAUGUGUGGUGUUUUACCAUAGAGUUCUCAAUGGGCCGAAAAGAUUACAACCUGAACCUGGCCGACCCAUUUGAGUUAAAGCCUGAACCUGGCCCAUCCAAGAUCAUCAUAUAAAAUACUGAGCGCGACCCCACAAAAAGCUGUAGAUGGCUUCUAACACCACAGCGGCUGUGUGGUAACGGAAGCCACAUACAUCUCCAUCUGAAGAUGGACCAGCUCAAUAGUUCACUGACUCUCCACAGUCAGUAAGUUUACAUGACAUUAGAGAAAAUAAAUUUAUUGUGUUUGUUCGACUAAAA